AUGACCGUCAUGAGUCUGCUUCUCUCCACGCUCGUUAUCAGCCUCGCAGUCGCUUCUCCUACCCCACGAGCCGACACAGCCAUCAACACCACUACCUGCAACGGUCAAACUUUUGUGUACGAGGCUCUCGCUGGUUAUGGCUUCACACCUUCGGACGCCCGGGACAAGUUUGGUGAUACCGCAGGAGGCAUAGGCAGUUCCGCGGCUUUUGACCGGAGAUCUUGGAAAGUCGACAGCUCCGGCGUCUACACUGGCAUCCUUUACUCUCUUCCCGAUCGUGGCUGGAAUACAGAGGGAACUUUAAAUUUUCAGCCCCGGAUUCACAAAUUCCGAGUGACCUUCACACCCGACUACACCUCCACUGCUGAGGCCCCCAGUGCCCCGAAUGUCCAGCUCAAGUAUCUCGACACCAUCGGCUUGACCGACCCAACGGGUGUACCUCUCUCUGGUCUCGACCCUGAUGGUCACGGUCCUUAUCUCACUUUCUCUGGCUUUCCCGAACUUCCUUCCGCCACUUACGAUGGCGACGGAUUUGGUCUGGAUGGACCUGGAGGACGACGAGUCUCAUUGGACGCGGAAGGUAUCGUACUGGCUCCAGAUUCGUCGUUCUGGAUCUCGGAUGAAUACGGCCCAUACAUCUACCAUUUCAGUCGCACUGGUCGUAUGCUCUCGGCCAUCCGCCCACCGCCAGCAGUCAUUCCUCAACGAAAUGGCACCGAUUCCUUUUCGGCUGCUAGUCCCCCCCGUUACGAUCCCGACAUCGAGACGAUCCCGGAAGACAAUCCCACCGGACGCGCCAACAACCAAGGCAUGGAAGGUCUGACAGCCUCCCCGGACGGCAAGACGCUCUAUGCUCUGAUGCAGUCAGCUUUGGAUCAAGAAGGUGGCCUCGAUGGCGCGACUCGCCGCUGGACUCGUUUCCUCGAAUACGAUAUAUCCGACGCCACCAAACCUGUGUACAAGGCAGAAUAUAUGGUGCCCUUGCCUCAAUAUUCUGACGACACCAAAGUCGCCGCCCAGUCCGAAGUGCAUUAUCUGAGCCCCACUCAAUUUCUUGUGCUAGCUCGUGAUUCCGGCGCCGGCCAUGGCCAGGACGACUCGGAAUCGAUCUAUCGCUAUGUGGACGUCUUCGACAUUGCCAAAGCCACCAACAUCAAGGGUGACACCUAUGACUGCACGACCUGCGCCGCAGCAUCAGAGGAUGGUGUCCUCGACUCUGCCAUUACCCCGUCGACGUAUUGCUCCUGGUUGGAUUUUAACGUCAACUCUCAACUCAAUCGCUUCGGCCUCCACAACGGUGGUGAUCAAGACUCGGGGCUCUUGAACGAGAAGUGGGAAAGCAUCGCAUUGGUCCCCGUUAAUCCGUCCAGCGGUCUUUGCAAGGAUGGCUACACCAAAAAAGAUGGCGAGUAUUUUCUGUUCAGUUUGAGCGACAACGACUUCAUCACACAAAACGGGUACAUGGACGGCGGAAAGUUACCUUAUGCCGAUGAAAGUGGAUUUAGCCUUGACAACCAAGUCCUGGUAUUCAAGGUUAAACUGCCUACGUACUGA